AUGCUGCGCUGGGGCGGUUGGAGCUCCCGAAUUCUGAACGGAGGCCUCAAGGCCUGGAUAGCAAGCGCUAAGCCCCUAGACAGGCAGCCACUCACGACAGACACCCUCCUCCCCCUUCCUGAAGGUGGUAGCGAGACUGCUAGUAAUGCUUCUGUGGAUGCUGCUGCGAGCAGUGGGCAUAGCCACUUGCACUCCACGUAUGAAGAUGUCUUGCAGAGCCUCGAUGAGCUCGCAGCCUCAAUUGAGGCCUGCACAAAGCAAAGCACUGGCACCAGCAGCAGUACGAGGACCGUGCUGUUAGUGGAUGCGCGCUCUCACGAAAGAUUUUGGGGUCUGUCUCCGGAGCCUAGGGAGGGCCUUUUCGGUGGUCACAUUCCAUCCUCUGUGAACCUUUUCUUCGUGGAAGUCUUGCAGCCGCAUGCAUUCUUCCCCUCGAACACCGACAGCACCACCAGCUCAGGGCCCACAACAUACCUCUGCCCCUUCGAAACCUCCGCAAAGGCCCCCCCAUUCGGCUACGCAACUCUAAAGACGGGAGCUCCCCUUCUUCUUGCUCUGGCACCCCUUCUGCUCCGUGCAAAUGUAGGCGGCAUUGGCUACCCAGAGGCUCUGCUGUCUGUAUACGACGGCUCUUGGACUGAAUGGGCAGAGCGGCGCCUUACCGAGGGCCACCAGGAGGGCUCAGGCAGCAGCUCCUCCUUGCCCACUCUCAUCGUUCCACCCCCAACGCAGCAGCAACAGGACGCUCUUCGUAGUGUCAUACAGGCCAGGCAGCGCGCGCCAAGUUCGCGCUGA